GUGCUUUUUCUGUUACGGUGAAAUAAAAUGCUCUGAUUUGAUACCACAGGAUAUUGUGGAAUAUUAUUAAAAGGCUUAUCACAACGUUGUGGACACGGUCAACAUUGAGGACCUCGGAUAAAUAAUAUUGUUGUCGGCACAGGGGCGUUUCGCUAAAUCAGAUCAUUCGAAAAGGACCUUGCGUACAUUCUGGACGUGCAGACAAACUCCGUUCACUAGGAGUGCCGGUUGUGACAUUGAAUACAGACGCGACAGAGCACACUGGUAGUGGCUGUGACAUUAAAGUUUUUGUAACUCCGACAUUUCAAUUUGAACAUGGCGACAGUAGCGUUAUUCUCGGCUUGCGUAGUACUUUUUUCAAGUGUUCAUGGCCAAUGUCCCUUCCCGGAACACUGUACUUGUACUGGUAAGACCGUGGAGUGUAAGAAUGUCGACAGCUCGGAGAGAAUGGUGGAGAUUCUGACAAGCAUGGCGACAAACAAUGCGGAUACGGAGAAGCUAUCUUUCAUCGACGGAGAAAUUGCCACUUUGAAAAAGGGCCAGUUCCAAGGACUCGGUAAUUUGCAGUCACUGACUUUUGUAAACGCAAGGUUUGUUGGUAACGCUGGACUAAACGAGGAAGCACUCAAUGGGCUAACCAAGUUGACGAUGUUCCGAAUAUCCAUGAACAACAAAGCUGCGUCUGACGACACGCCCAUGAAGUUCCCCGAGAACUUUUUCAAAUCGUUGACGGCGCUAAAAGUAUUGCAACUCGACAACAACCGACUUGGAACGUCUCCAUCUCAAGGCGUCUUCAACGGAUUGGAAGGUUUGGAUAUUCUUGAUCUUUCAUCGAAUAACAUCGUGGCGCCUGAUACUGGGAAGUUAUCCGCACUCAGGGGUCUGAAAACUCUGAACCUCGCUUCCAAUGGGAUGACAACUUUGUCGCCGGACGUAUUUAUUGGUUUGACCAAACUGGAAUCGCUUAUCCUCUCUGGUAACCCAGCAAUCGCGUUGAAUGAUGCAACACUUUCAAAAGUCCGUUCUCUAAAGAGCCUGGACUUGAGUUUCAACCAACUUUCCGAAAUUAACCCUCAGACAAUGUCAUCAGUAAUGGCAACCCUAGAAACCCUGGACUUGAAUUCAAAUAACAUUGAAACCCUCAAGGAUAAUAUGUUCAGUGGACUUAGCGCGCUCAAGUUAUUGAAUUUGAGUUCUCAAGCCUCUGGAAUCAAAACAUUCGAACCAUCUGCCUUCGCAGGACUGACCAGCUUGAGUGAACUCGAUCUCAGCAGGAAUUCCUUUAGCCACUUAAAGCCAAAUGCCUUCGAACCAAUCGCUCAGGCCCACUUCAUUUUGAAAGGCAAUAGGUUUUUCUGUAACUGUGAAAUCAUGCCAAUGAGAACAUGGAUUGUGACCAAGUCUAAGAAUACUGCCCUUGUCUGCUCCUACCCUCCCAGCUUGAUGAACAGAAAUAUUGCUGACAUUGACCCUGAAGCGGAUGUGGGUUGCAUUCCACCAGUAUUCACAAAUCUGAAUGAACGCGUCAGGGGAGAGGAGGGCACCACCGUAACAUUCUCAUGCGCCGUCAAAAACCGUCAUCAGUACCCUGAAAUGUCUUAUACAAUUCUCUUAGGAUCACCCCUCCCAAAAAAUCGGUCAAAGGUCGAGGUCACCAAUUCAAGCGACGCCAAUAAUUACUUCACCAAGGCUGUCGUUUUCACCGUCAAGGAUGUGACCCGGGCUGACAAUGGACAAAUCAAAUGCACCGCAUCGGGCGCAGGGACCACUCUGACGGCGACUUUGGAUAUCGUCUACGGACCAGAGGGUCUCCCUCUCUGGGCUAUCAUUCUCAUUGUCGCCGUUGUCAUAUUGGUCAUUGUGUGUGUCAUUGUUGGAGUUGUCAUGUGCAGAAAGCAGAAAUACAAAGUCGUGCGACAUUAACUCUUUCGAUGCGUUGUUGGGAAGUGACUAUACCGUACACUGUCCACGAUUUCUAACUUAAUCGAGUCAAAUGUCAUCAUCUUGAAGAGGGGCUAUUGGCAGGAGCUAGUAAAACUGGUGGUCUUUAGAUUACCCCUAUGCUCAGUUCGGGGGCUUUGUCGUUACGUUACGAUUCCCUACACAAUUACAGGCCACAUUCGGUCACAAUAACACAACUUUUUCUCCCAUAAAACCUAUAUUCAGGAUAUCAAGGCCUACUCUUAGUUGCACAGAGUUCUCAUCCAUAGGGCCGACCUGGGAAUAAGAUAUCCCACAGGACCGCAACUUUUACCUGAAAUUCGCAAGCCAUGACAAAAACUGCCCAUCACAACACUGGCGGAAGUGGCGAAAGUGUCACGUUGGUGUGAUACUACAAGUGGCGGCCGCGCAUGGUGUCAGGCAGGGGUAUUAUCCUCCUGGCUAGGUAAAUCCCACGCCAAAGUUGUCCCUUUAAAGCUAAAUUGCUAUGCUCUAUUUCGGCUUUUUUUUCCCUUCGUCUCAGUGUACGACCAGGAGCAAAUCAGGGGUUAAUGUUGGCUUCUUCGAACACAUUCAUGAUAUCACCCCUGAUUUGCUCAGGAUAGACCAGGAGGGAGAUUCGGGUUUUUGAAACUCCUACGUCAAAUACAAAAAUAUUGAGGGGCAGAGUAGGCCUAUAUUGAAAACAACUGGUGCCAGGAUGUCUUGAUCCUCUGAUUGCAACGAAGAUUGCACAAACCAAUGUUUGGUAAAUA